AUGAAGAGAAUCAGAGGUUUCAAAAUUGGACACAGAUUCGUCAAAAUCUUCAAAUGGAUCCGACCCAGAAGAAUCCAAUCAGGGAAACGCCAAUGCCCGACCCGAAUCACAAACCCGGUCGCCGGAAUCCGCUCAUUAGCACGGUGUUUGAGCCGUGGAGCCAAGAGACUGUGCGGUGGCAAGAAGAAUUCGGGUCAGGGUCAGACCCGACAGGGUAAGGAUCAAAAGACGCGGGUUGUUCCGAAGGGACAUUUGGUAGUUCACGUCGGCGAAUCCGACGGCGACACACGGCGAGUUGUGGUGCCGGUGAUAUACUUUAACCACCCAUUGUUCGGAGAAUUGUUGGAGCAAGCGGAGCGGGUUCAUGGGUUUGAUCAACCGGGUCGGAUCACGAUUCCGUGUCGGGUUUCUGAUUUUGAGAAGGUUCAGUUGAGGAUCGCCGCAUGGGAUCAGUGCCGCAGGAAAAGAACUUACAAAAUUCUUUAG